GCGAGAAUCUUCUUCGGUCUUGUUGGCUGCCUUCGCCAUGGAUUUUCGGUCCGCUCGGAAAGCUGUGCUUCAGCUGCUCGAAACCACGGCUCCCGCAGAUGUCCCUGCACUGCUCCACUGGAUGAGGACUACCCGGGAUUUCGAUGAAUUUACUCAAGAUAACAAUGACAUUAUAUUGAAGAGCAUAGCCACUGACCUUCGGGACUGUUUGCCUAUAGAAGCCAUGCUUUGCUCAGAACAUCUAGCCCUUCAGAAAAUACGACAACAGCCAGAACCCACAGUUCACAUUGAUGCAUUCCUCUAUGAUGAAGACUUUAUUGAUACAUUAUGUGAGGAAGGAAAAAUGAGCAGAAACUACUGUACAGUGUGUGGCUCACACCAAACAGCGCCUUUGGGAUUUAUUUCUCAUUCCUUCUCCCUCAUGGAGUUGAAGUUCAUUUAUCACCAUGUGCUCCCUGAUCUGUCAGGAAAGGUCUUGGUUGACGUUGGUUCCAGACUUGGCACAGUCCUUUAUGGGGUAAAGUGCAGCUUGUGGACAUACUCAACAUGUGGAAAAUACUUUCUCCUGCUAGCGACAGCUUUGCCUGCCACCGUCCAAGGGUUACCUUUACAGCUCAGCAGUGCAGCUCUGUGGGGUAGAGCUGAGUGGAGAGUUUUGCCAAUUGCAGGAAAUGAUCAUAAAGAAAUACCAGUUCGGUGACAGAAUAAAGCAUCCCUGACCCAGCGGGUAUCUCCUGUGUGGCUGCGUGCUCUGCUAUUCUCACCGUCUACAAUGAACUCGUUCUUUAGGUGCUUCAUGCAGACAUCUGUACCCAGAGUUCACUUCUGCAAACCGCCGACAUCAUUGUAAUGAAUAAUGUCUUUGAAUAUUUUCUUCCUGAGUCUCAGCAGGCCAGGUAGGCCAUUUACUGACGCAAGAAAACUGUUGUUAUUAAAAUAUGUCCAGCAAGGUGUGAAAAGAGAUUGGGGUAAGGUAGAAAUAUGUUCAUGCUGAUUUUAAAUGACAAACUCAACUUGGUUUUUUUCAUUUGUUUGUUUUUUGUUUUUUGUUUUUGUUUGUUUCAGACAGGGUUUUCUCUGUGUAGCCCUGGUUGUCCUUGAACUCACUCUGUAGACCAGGCUGGCCUCAAGCUCAAGACAUCUGCCUGUCACUGCCAUCCAGCUCUCAACAUUGUUUUAUUAAGAUUUUUUUAUUGAUUCUUUGACGCUUUGUACAUAAUAUCAACUUAUUUUAAUAAUGAAACAGAUUAAAUGCAUAAUUUUGACAAAAA